AUGAGACCCUUAGAACCUGAUCCGGCUCGUACCGGCGGAGGGACUGCUGCUCUUCUUGUUGUUGACGGUGCCUAUGUCUUCGUGUCUGCUGCCUGCCUGCGAACACCACCAGAAACCUCCGGAUCCGUCAAGAUGCUUGCAAGUGGAGUCACCUACGGCGUGAUGGCAGCCACGCUCAUUGCGGUGGCAGCCUACGCCAUCAUUGUCAGUCGCCGCAUGGAAGUCAACUCGGUCAAGAACUUCGUGAGCGCCAAGAACUCGACGACGACGCUGCGUCUGGCGUGGUGCUUCUUCUCGGCUGGAAUUGGCGCUGGAACGCUGUUUUCGUACCCGGAGAUUGGUGUGAGUGCUGGAUCGUGGGGUGUCAUUGGCUACGCGCUCUCGGGCGUCGUUGGCAUGAUCGUGCUGGCGCUUGUUGGACCGUACACGCGCUCGGCGCUGGGUGAGAACGUCACCAUGACGGACGUGGUCUCGCACCGCUUCGGCUACAUCAUGCAGGUCUACGUCGGGUUCAUCUCCAUGUUCUACCAGUUCAUCUGCCUCGCGUCCGAGUACACGUGCAUCGCGCAGCUCACGACCAUGAUGUCGCCGAACGCGCACCCGAUCGUGACGAUCCUCAUCGUGGCCUUCCUCACGAACCUCUACCUUGUCAUCGGUGGGCUGCGAGCCAGUCUCGCUACGGACGUGUGGCAGGGUAUCGGUGUGGUUUUCCUGGUCGCAGUUGUGUGCGUUGCCAUGUUCUUCCACGUAUCCAUCCCCGAGGGCGCGUGGUCGUCGACCAAUGUGGCUGCGUUCACGACUGCGGGUUUUGAGACGCUUGUGACGCUCGUGAUUGCCGUGACGGCUUCCAACCUCUUCUUCACCGGCUUCUGGCAGCGCGUGUACGCCGCCUACGACGACAACACGCUUCGCAAGGCUGCGCUCAUCGCCAGUGCCAUCAUCGCGCUGUUCACGGUUGCGCUUGCGAUGGCUGGCAUGGUCUCGUACCUUGCGUACCCGGACGGAUCUCUCUUCUUCGCCGUCCUGAUCGACAUGGGGCGUGGCUGGCAGGUGCUGAUCGUUGUCGUCAUCGCUAUGCUGUCGAGCGGAGUGUCCGACUCCAUCCAGAUGGGUCUCGCUGCUGAGCUUACGACGUGCUUCCCCAAGCUUUCGCUCAUGCAUUCGCGUGUCAUUUGCGUGCUUCUCAACGCGCCGGCGAUCGCGAUCGGAUACCAGCAGUACGACAUCCUGACUCUCUACUUGAUCGCCGACCUGCUGUGCACGGCUGCUGUUGGCCCCAUGCUCCUCGGCACCUGGAAGCGCGCGACUCGCACCGGUGCGCUCGCCGGCAGCGCCGCUGGUUUACUCACGAUCUUCGUAUGCGGCGUGAUUGCUCAGGGCAAAUUCGUGGGCGGCUUCAACUGGUUCAUCCUGCCCGAGGGUCUCUACUCGCAGAACAGCAUGAUCACCUUCAUCGUGACGCUAAUUGUGCCGCCAGUCGUGACCGUUGCUGUGUCGCUCAUGACGACGCCUAAGGCUAGCGAAGUGGCCAAGGACGACAGCUACCUGCUCGAGCACUCGCCCGUCCAGGAGGCCACCAAGCUCUAG